ACAUAUGUCAUGAACACUAGGUCUGCAGAAGACAGACUGGAAAUUCAACAAUCGCCUUUUCGCGUAAAGCAACAGAUUGCAUUUGGGUUCAGUGUGUAACUUUCGAGCGGCAGGAGUGCAUCAGGACUGAUCUACGUGUGUGUGCUGAUAAAUAACAGCAACAUCUAUCAUGAGGUUGGCAGGGCCUCUGCGUGCAACUGUGGUUGUUCUGCUGGUAGGAGUCACCUGGCUAUUGGCCAGCACCAUUUUGAGAGGAGACAGCAGCUUUGUAAUAAUGCGACACUUUUUCAGAGGACCGAGUGUGGAGCCAACACCAGAGCCAAAGCCUCACAGAUACAAGUGUGGUUUGUCUGCGCCCUGUCCUCAGAAACAUCUGGCUUUCCGGCUUGUCUCUGGAGCCGCCAAUGUUAUUGGCCCUAAGAUCUGCCUUGAGGACAAAAUCCUUGUGAGCAGUGUCAAAAACAAUGUUGGCAGAGGACUCAACAUCGCAUUAGUCAAUGGAGUAUCGGGAGAUCUGUUGGAUAUUAAAUCUUUUGACAUGUGGGCUGGAGAUGUGGCAGAUCUGUUGAAAUUUCUCCGGCCCCUCCAUGAGGGAACACUGGUGUUUGUUGCUUCUUUUGAUGAUCCUGCCACCAAGUUGAACGAUGAGGCUCGUGCGCUCUUUGAGGAGCUGGGCAGCACUGCAGUGAAGGAGCUGGGCUUUAGGGACAGCUGGGUGUUUGUAGGAGCUAAAGGCAUUGAGAACAAAAGCCCUUUUGAGCAGAGGAUGAAGAACAGUAAGAGCAGUAAUAAGUAUGAAGGUUGGCCUGAGUCCCUCGAAAUGGAUGGAUGCAUUCCCCUCCGAGCACCUCAGGAGAGUUAGUCUCCUCUCAGAAGAACGGAUGGACAAAUAGAUGGACAAAAGACUGCCUGAAGGACCAGCAGCUUCAGAAGGGGCCACCUUAGCAGACCGUUUUCACGUAGGAACACGUUUUUGUCACCGUGCAUGACCAGUUUUGGCCCUUAAAAACAGCAAAGUUGUUUUUUUUUUCAUUUCUAUAUAAGAUAUCAUUGUCCAGUGACCAUGGGGCUCUGGGAGGGUGGGGGGUGCUGCAUCAGUGCUAUGGAGCUCAAACCUGGGGUGAACAGGAGGAGUUUGUGAUUAUACAAAUACUGGUGCAAGAGAGUGGGUCUCAUAUUCAGGAAGCACACCUGAUCAUUUUUCUGCUGCAGUGAGGGGCCAGGACUGGAACCUUGGAGUGGAUGGAGAGCUAUUGUGACUCUGGCUGCUCUGAGAAUGUGGGUGUGGUUCCCUCAACAGUCACAUUUAAUGCUCACACCUUCACUUCCCCAAAUUGUAUCAAAUACACUCAACUGAGAUGACACAGGGUGCAGUCUUGUGAUUUCAGGUCUUGACCUCUGAACAGACGGUCAUCUGUUUGAAUCCUUCAUCGAGUGCUGCCUUUGUGGCCCUGAGUAAACCUCUUAACACCAAUUGCCUCAAUAAAUAUUCAGUUCUAUUCAGAUAUUUUAAAUGUAGGUUAAGUCAUGCAUACAGGCAUCUGGCAGACAAAUAAAUAAUAACACAUGGCAGGGAAUGCAUUGUGAGUUGGAGUGAAUGAGCUGAAAUAUUUAAGGACAAGAUGUGAGCAUUGGCAUAGUGGGAACACUAGUGAAUUAUUGUAUGUUAAAAGGAGCUGACCCCACCUCCGAAAAUCUUAAACUUAUUUAUCUUAAUAAUAGAGUUUUAUAUAGCAGUGAUACACAUUCAUUAGACGUUAAUUACUUUUUUGUGUGCAAUUUUUGAGGCAGAUGUUAAUUGUUGAGGAGAUGUUCACCAAAACAAACACCAACAAUCAUUGAACCACACACACCCCUGCUCUCAUACAGACUCAAAUAGUAGUAAUAAAAAGCUUAACAAACUUGUUCGCUAACUCACAUUACAGCACAUUCCUGUAUCUUUAUCAUGGGUAAACU